UGUUCAACAACAUGAGAGCUGCGCAAUUGGCGCUAUUCGCGUCCACAACAUUAGCUCAAUCACAGUAUGGAGAGAACCACGUUAAUGUAAAUCUAGACUCACAGCUGGUGGAGCAAAAAGCAUUUCCCGCACCAAAUACCACCCUACUCAGUCCUGCAUUCUUGAAGAGUGGAAAUGCUUCCUUCGAUCCAGGCUGGUUUACAGGAAGCGAAGGCGCGACAAGUCAAGACGAACUUACAUCUUUCUUGAGCGAUCUCGCUGCCAACAAUCCAUCUUGGAUGUCGUUCCAUGAGGCAGCUUUUCUGAGCGAAGAAGGCAACACAUUCCCAUAUGUCUAUCUUUCGACUUCACAGAAUAAUUCUGCCACCGGCUAUGACCCAGGAAAACUAAGAGUUUGGAUCCAAGGAUCCGUCCACGGCAACGAGCCCGCUGGUGAUGAGGCCACUCUUGCACUGCUGGGAGCCAUGGACGCCAACUCAACAUGGGCAGCCACCUUCCUUGAAGCAAUGGAUGUUAUUGUUCUCCCACGCUACAACCCCGAUGGAAAUGCUUAUUUCCAGCGUACCCUUGCCACAAACUUCGAUCCUAACCGCGACCACAUUAAACUCGCACGUCAACAAACUCGCGACAUCAAGGAGUGGUUCAGCGCGUUCUCACCCCACAUCGCCAUCGACAUGCAUGAAUAUGGCGCAGCAACGCGCUAUUCGGUGAACUACAGCAACGCAGCAGAUGGCAUGUACAGUGCCGCCAAGAAUCUUAACAUCCAUCCCUCGAUUCGCGAGCUGUCUGAGAACGUCUUCGCGCCGGCCAUAAAUGUAUCUCUGUUGUCGAAAGGUCUGAGAGGCGAACCCUACAUGACCGCUGCACGCACCAAUCCUCCACGUCUCGAAGAAGCCGGCACGGACGGAAAGAUCGGACGCAACGCCAUGGGACUGACACAAUGCGUUACGUUCCUUUUCGAAACACGCGGAAUUGGCAUCGCCAGUCAAUCAUUCGCGCGUAGGACGUUGGCGGGCUUGCAAAUGAUCCUCGGUGUAUUGGAAACAGCACGAGACCAGAAGCAAGAGGUACAUGACACGAUCUCAGGCGCGAUUAGUGAUUUUGAGAAGAGCGACGAGGACAUCGUGAUCACGGACUAUACGAGCUUUGCGAACAGAACAUACACGAUGGUUGACCGUCGCACCGGUGAUGUCGUGCAAUUGCCAGUGGAGUUCGCAUCCACAACACCCGUGACCGCAAACUUGACCCGUGCCAGACCUGAAGGCUACGUGAUCCCCCGCGCAUGGGCUGAUCUCGCCGAGCGCCUGCGGGUCUCUGGAUUGGAGAUUGAGACGAUAAAAGACGUUUUUAAAGAAGAGGUGGAGGUGUACAACAUCACGUCGUCCCAGCUUGCAAAGAGUUACUACGAAGGCGCUGUAUUGAACACUGUCACGACCGACACGACUACCCGGGAAGUGAAUCUGCCUGCUGGCAGCUUUUUUGUGAGCAGUGCGCAGAAAAACGCUGGACUUGCAUUUGUGGCGCUGGAACCAGAGAAUAUUGAUUCCUAUGUCAGCUUUGGAAUCGUGCCAAUGGAGGUUGGGGAUCUGUAUCCCGUUUUCAGG